AUGUCGAAUUCAAAUUUGGAGCCGCUCCCGUUCAGAAGAGCAUUCGGAGGACCAGGCACGAGCAGUACGAAUUCAACUAGUCGCACUUUAGCUGAAUUAGCAGCAUCCGUAGCUGCUCCUGCAGAUGAGGAUGCUUUCGUAGAUGUGUCAGGACUUGCCAAGGUGAGGCAGAUUGUAACGGGUGCAUGCCGCAAAUGUGGCUAUCCUGGCCACCUCCCAUUCCAGUGUCGAAAUUAUAUUCAACUGAAACCUGGUCAGUCUACUGUGAUUGAUGUCAGCUCAACCAGUAGUGAAAGCGAAACAGAAACUCCUUUAGUGAAGAAAGUAAAGAAAAAACAUAAAAAGAAGGAAGCCAAGAAAAAGAGUAAGAAGAAACAUAAACAUAGAAAACACAGCACUAGCAGUUCUGACUCUGAAGAUGAACGUCAUAGCAAAAAGAGGAAAUCUAAAAAGAAGAGAAAGCACUCGACUAGUUCAUCAGAUGAUGAGAAGGUCAAGAAGAAGAAAAAACGAUGA